AUGAUCGUGUUAAAAAAAGCCCAGGAAAUUUCCAGGAAAUUUCCGGAAUUCGGUUAUUGCUGCCGAUUUUUGUCAUGUGUGUGGUUUCUUUAUAAAAAAAGAAGAUCAGUUAAAAUGCCGAAAGGUAAAAGACGUGCACGUGCAUUAGAACGAAUCAACGCUAAGAAUAACGAAGCGAAGCCUGCUGGAGAAACCAGCACAUUACCUGUCAAUCCACAGAUUCCGGCUACGAAUCCACCCAAGGAGGUGCCCAAGCCAGUGGAGACAACAGCUAAAGCCGAAAAUACCGUUGCUGCGGUGCCUGGGUCGGGACAAAAAGCACCCGCUCCCCAGGUAUCCCAAGCUCCCUCCGUGUCCGAAGAGGUGAAUGAGCCUGCCAAGGGUGCUGGAGCGAAUCCCCUAUUAAGAUUCGCCAAGAAGAAGAAUGUCCGUCACACCAUGGCAUCAUUUAAGGUGGAUACCAGCUCUAUCAGGAUGCAAUUGACCACCACCCGCCCAAGGACGAUUUAUAAGUAUGAUGUCAAGAUCUACAGAGUUCGCGAUAAUAAGCGGGUUUCUGUAGUUCUGAGCAAGGAAGAGGCGAUCCAAGCGAUGAUCCUGCUGCGCAGCAACCCUACUGCGCAACAACUUAUGAAAGGUGCUUUUUGGUACGAUUUCAAGGCGUUGUUCUACUCGAAAUACUCUUUCGAGAAGACAACCUUCUCUGUAACACUGUCGGAUAAGGUGUACGAGCUGGAUAUUACCCCAACCGAGUUCAUGACGAUCACCGACGCACAGAGCCUCGAUGAGCGGGCGACCCAGGCGCUCAUGACUUCGAUCAUGUACGAAACCUCGGUGGAUAAAAAGCUCUUCUGUCUGAACGGCAAGAUCUUCUCCGGCAAGACCUUCCCGAUCGAUCGUUACCUCGAGGGCCGCCUGGGCGUGAGCUACUCCGUCCGCCAGACGCAGCAGGGAGUGAUGCUGGAGAUCGACCAAUGCGCGACGACCUUCGUCACGCCGGGUCCUUUAAUAACCAUUCUGCGUAAUAUCGCUGGAAACAACAUGUCUCCGGACAUGGUGAUCGGGGAGCGCUCCCUGUACGACAUCAACCAGCAGCUGCGGAACGUGAAGGUGUACACGAAGUACCAGGGCUAUGAGCACAAGUACACGCUGAAACGUCUCGUAAACAAGACCGUCGCUUCUAUUAGUUUCGAGCAUGAAGGCAAGACCGUAACGAUGCUCCAAUAUUACCAAACUGUCUACAAGAUCCGGCUGCACUACCCGAACGCGCCCGUCGCGGAGAUGACGAAGAAGUGCUUCAUUCCGAUCGAGCUUCUCUUCAUCUGCCCCAACCAGCGCUACAACUCGCAGCUCAGUCCGCAGCAGCUGAGCCAGAUGAUCCGCACGACGGCGAGCACGCCGCGCGAUCGCCAGCGGGGCACGCUCGACUUCAUCCGCACCAACACGCAGUUCCGUCUGCUGAAGGAGCUGGAGAUCGACAUCGACCACCGCAUCGUCGACGUGAACGCGUACCAGCUCGCGCCGCCCGUGCUGGACAUCGGUGGCCGCACGGUGACCGACUGCAGCUGGCGAAACGGCAACUUCGUGCGCCGCAUGGCGAUCAACUCGUACCUGCUCGUGGUGCUGGACCGAGUGAAAGGACUGGAGCUCUGCGCCGACUUCCAGCGAAGACUGCCGAAGUUCUUCAGCCUGGGCGGACGGCAGCCCGAGCCGAUUCGCGCCGACGUGAACCGCCUGGAAGGCCUGCUGACGCAGACGGUGGCGCGGAUGGCGCAGAAGCCGCAAAUCAUUUUUGUGUUCACGCGCGGGCAGACGGCGGAGUACAAGGAGGUGAAGCGCGUGAGCGACGUGGUGCUGAAGAUCCCGUCGCAGUGCAUCAACUGCGCGAAGCAAUCGCGCGGACUGAACGACGCCGUGAUGAGCAACCUCUCGCUGAAGAUCAACAUGAAGCUGGGCGGCGUGAACGCGAAGCUCUCCGCGCCGCUGCGCGUUUCGCCCGCCAACGCCGCGCCGCUGAUGAUCUGCGGAGCGGACGUGACGCACCCGAUGGGCGGCGAGAAGAGCAUCUCCGUGGCGUCCAUCGUGGGUUCGAUCGACCCGACCCACACGCGCUACGCGAGCGAGUCCACGGUGCAGAAGGGCCGCCAGGAGGUCAUCGAGAACAUGCGGAGCAUGAUGCAGGGCCUGUUCUCCGCGUUCGCGACGGCCAAUCGCGGGACCCCGCCCGCGGCGGUGGUGUUCUACCGCGACGGCGUGGGCGACGCGAUGUUCGAGAAGGUGAUGCACGAGGAGGUCACCAAGAUCUACCAGGCCUUCCAGGACUGCUUCCCCUCCUACCCCUCGCCGCUGCGUCUGACGUUCCUCAUCUGCCAGAAGCGGCACAACAUGAAGUUCUACCCGCAGGUCCCGUCGCAUAGCGACCGGCAGGGCAACGCGAACCCGGGCUUGCUGGUCGACGAGGGCAUCAUCUCCCCGACCAUCACGGAGUUCUACCUGCAGUCCGGCGUGACGCUGAAGGGAACGGGCAGACCGUGCCGCUACACCGUUCUGGUGGACGACUCCGACAUCCCGCUGGAGACCCUGGAGAAGAUCACGUUCAAUACGUGCUUCCUGUUCAAUCGGUGCAGCCGGUCUAUCGGGAUCUGCGCCCCUGCGCGCUACGCCCAUCUCUUGUGUUUCCGAACACGAGAUAUUCUGCGUGUGAGUGAUGGAAGCGAUGGGCGUAGCGUGGGGAGCGUGGACUCCGAUACUCUCAGAGACCAGCAGUACCAGCAAUGUAGAAACUUCAGCUAUGAUGGUAGCAUGAAGACCAAAAUGUUCUACAUCUAAUUUGUACUUGCUUACCAAACGCCCUGCGUUGAAUCAAGAAAAUGAGAUCAUCUGGCAUUCUGUACUGAAUGGGAUUCUCUUGUUUUC